CAGUAUCAGUUUUAAUUCCGCGACGAGCCGACGUGGUUGUGAACCCGUAUAGAAAUAUUAAUCGCUUGAGCUCCAACCUUUACCAGUGAUUUACGGAACGUUUUCGCGCAGUUUGUGCGCAAAUAAAGUGUGUAAAGAGUAUUUGUACAAUGAAUCAACAUAAGAAGCCAGCUGAUGAUUUGUACAGCCAUAAGUGUAAUGUAUUAUGAGUUGUGUGGUACCCGGCGUCUGCCCAAUCGUUCGAUCAUGGCUCAAUGAAAUCUCUAGACUACUGGUUUGAACCGACUACCGGUAAUCAAUCUUUGGACGUUUUAUGUGUGUAAUUUAUUCAGUUUGGUGUCUUUUCCAUGAACUUGUGGUUCGAUUUUAGACAUCUUUGCAGGAGUGCUUAAUUUGCCAGUGUUCUAUUUAAUCACACAAACUAUCGUAAGUUUGUAAUCUUUCUUCAGAAUGUUUGGAAAACGCCCAUUGGAUAACACACUUCAGGCUCCGAACGAUGGAAGCGCACCCGGACCAAGUAAAAAAACCAAAGCAGACCCCAAGCGACGAACGUUGCAAUGCUUCACUCACGGUAUAGCGUAUCAGGUGAAGCUUCUGGUGCUUUUCACACAAACGCUAAACAAACAGAUGCAACAAGAUAAAUCCAUUUUCUGCAACCUAAAAAGUGAGGAUCCCGAAGGAGGCAAAUUUGAUGAUUUAUUAUUUGAGUAUGAGUAUGGCGAUCAGAAAGGGAAUUUCUUCUUCCAAGCCAAACACAAAGCUGACCCCAACCAGUACCAGAUAACGCUGAAUGACCUAAUAACGACGAGGCAAAACGACGCACCCUUUGCAAUUGCUCCGCUCUUUCAAAGUUUUUACGAUAAGCUACAGCAUGGUAGCGAUGAUGUAGAGCCUGUGCUUAUGCUCUGCACAAACGCCGAUCGAUCGCCGGAGGUACAGGAGUUAACGAAACCUUACACGUUCGCUUUCAAAUGGUUAGAGGAAACAUUCGGUUCGAUCGCGGACUCAAACACGAGCUUCGGUCAAAUUGAUCUAGACAAAUUUAAACAACUUAACAAAUAUACACAAUUCUAUCGCUCGUUAAGUGAAUGUUCCGAAUGCAUGCGUCUCGCUGGUGCACUGGCGGAUGCAAUUUAUAAUCGCAAACCAGUUACCCUCAAAGAUCCACUGUUCAGCAAGUAUUGCAAAGCCAUAGUGGAGAAUAUCGUUGAUGUUAGCAGGAGCAUAAAAAAAGAUUCCUACAAAAUUAAGACUCAAUUUUUUAAUUCAAACGAUCUGUUCCUGGAACAGUUCAAGCAGCAGUACGAACAACUGGAUGGAAAAGUUGAUGCUCUAAAGGACGCAGAAGACAAAGGCAUAUGCUGCUCGAAAGGAUUUAUUGAACGUGGCAGUGAUAGGUUUGAUUACAGCAGCAAUUCAUACUUACCCGUUGAUACGGUAUCAAAUGCGCUGGUGGAAAAGUUUUUCCAAUCAUUUGUUCUCAUCACUGGCACGCUGAAUGAGGUACAGCUGACGGAGGAGUGCAAAAAACAGUUCGAAAGUGUCUCAAUGGUGGAAGGCGGCUGUGCGCAUGGUAUGGUGUUUGAAGAACUAUUCAACUACGUAAAGGACCCGGAUCCGGAACCUCUGGAGAAUGAGCAGAUUGAACGGAUUUGGAAAACAACAUUUUAUCAGCUGCAAUUUCUUCAGCUGAAAGGAUUCACCGUGAGCCGUCAACAGGAGCUUGAGAAGUUGGGUCUUCGUCUGCAGGAGUCAAAGGUGAAGGCGACUCCGCUAUAUCAAGAGUUUCUGGCUCGCAUGUCAGCAAAUAGCAGUCCGAGCGUUAAGGAGCAUGCUUACGAUAUGUUGGUAGUGCAUGAAAUAAUCAAAGCUGGUUUGACGGAAAUUCGAAACCCAUGUGAAUUCCUUAUCAUCCAGGAAAGAACGUUCGAACAAUGGCAGGACACGGUAGAGAGUGUGCUAUGCUGGUUGACUGCUCCACUUGUACUGAUCAUAGAAGUUCAGAACGAGUCAAAAAAGCAUGAGCUGGUGAAAGUUCUUAAAAAAGUUAAACCCAAGCAAAAACAUUCCAGGAUGAUCAUAAUAUUAACUCAAGCUUCCGUAAUCAGCCAGGAGAAUAUUAACGUAAGCUGUUUAAGUGAUCAAUCUUAUGCAGUACUUGAUCAACGUCAGUUAACACUCCAUGGAACGAUCGUAUCGGUACGUGAUCUAAUCAGGGAUAUGGACAAACUAUCGUUUUUAAUUUACUUGCUCAGUUUGAAAGAGCUUUCGUUAAGCUUAAAUCAGGAGCGCUUCUCUACAUUGAAGGAUAAAUAUGUAACGCGAGGAUUGAUACAGGAUGAUAACCCUAACGAGAUCGAUCUGAAUGAGGUGGAAAGUAAAAGGAUAGUCAUUUUAGACGCUCCAGGAAAUGGCAAAUCUUCGUAUAUCACCUGGUUGGCGCAGCACCUUGAAACGAAAAACUCUGAACAGUGGAUUUUACGAUUCAAUGCAAUUGAGUAUUCCUAUGAUCUAAAUGAAAUUGCGAAAGAAUGUGAGACUAACGCGAUGACUGAAUUGCGUGCAGUGCAAAUUCUAUUCCAGUUCGCUUACAUGACCGCACAGCUAGGCAACAUUCAUCAAAGCUCGGAUGUGACGACGACGUCCCAACGACAAACAGCCAAAAGCUGCGCAGAAGCAUUGCGCAUUGAAAAUGGUGCAUUUGUACUAGAUGAAACGAAAGCGGUCGCAUUUUCCCACGAGCAACUAACACUGUUGAGACUGUUCGUUUCCAAACUAAACGGACGAAAUAUGAUUAUUUUCUUCGAUGGGUUUGAUGAAGUUUCUCCCAAUUAUGAAACUGUUGCCUUGUCACUGCUUUCCAUGCUGGAUCGUCUUGAUGGGAUUAGUAGGAUGUGGAUCGCAAGCCGUCCAUACAAGUUGCAGGCCAAAUUCAAACAAGCAUUGCGAGAUGUUUGCUUUCUGCAGGUUGGGAAGUUUUCAGAGGAGGUUCAGCUAACAUACUUGAAAAAUAGGCUGCGAAGGAUAACACCUUAUACGGAUGAGAAUAAAGUAACGAGAAGUAAACUAAUGGAACUGUCCUUAAAAUUCCUUACAAAUAUUGAAGAUUACAUAGGAGAGCUUCGUCAGCAGUUCCUAUUUUUUGAGAUGAUGUUUGAGGUGUUGAUAAAAGAUUACUUCUGCCCCGCGACUUUAACGCUUCAGAUGGAUGUUUUGCACGGCUAUAUGAAAGGCAUGGAGCUAACACAGCUAAUAGAGAGAUUCAUCAAGCUAAAGCUAGAAAUCGUCGAUACAAGUAAAAUGGGCUCCACCGACGCGGCUGCUGCUACCGUCGAGGCACAGAAUCGUGCAGCAAAACGGGCGCACGAAGCUCUUCAGGGGCACAUGGCGUUGGGAUAUUAUGUAUUCGCACACUUCUAUUUGAGCAAACGGGUAAUAGAUCCGCAAGACAGUGAGUUUGAUGCGGAUGCACUCACGAAAGCGAAGGAAUAUAUGCAGGAGUUGCAGACUGCGAACGAAAAGACGGGCCUGGUAGAGCGCAUCGUCGACGAUCGUCCAAUAUUUGUGCAUCGUAUAAUUGAGGAAUAUUUCGCCAUGCGGCAUCUGUUCGAAGGUAGAGCGAAAGAGUCGAAUACGCGCCAUGUACGUUUAUUUUACGCAGAGCUACGUAAGUUUAAUUUUAACUGGAGCUACGGUGAUAUGAUGGACAGAUUCUCGAUUAUGGAUGGCAACAAUGUGUUACCGCUCCAUUUGACAGUGCUCGAAACGGACGGAAGAGCGAUCAAGCGAAUCCUGGACACGGAUCCAGACGCCAUCGAGAAGCGAGACGCAUUCGGGCGAACCGCACUCCAUUUGGCCAUGUUUCGGCUGGCAAUUCACCAACAUAGGCCCAUUUUAGAGCAGAUGAUCGCAUUGGCUGCGGAACGUCAUUGCAUUCAGGUGCAGGACACUUUGUUUGGCUGGCAGGCGAUAGAUUACGCACUGAUGGUAGAAAGCUUGGAGAUGGUUCGAGCCUUGAGUUUAAAACAAGGCUACUUGAAGGAUACUGUUGAUUCGCGGCUGGUGUUGGCGUUGAAAAUAUUAAACACAUUGGCGUUGCGCUGCAAUGAUGGCGAACUAGAGCAACAUAUUCUGUGCCCACUGUUAUCGAACAACUAUUUGCGUCCCUAUUGCCUACACGAGUGGCAUGAUAAGGCCCCCGAGACAGCUGAAUAUGCGGGUGCCACGUACUGCCUGCUUGAUGCAUGGCGUUUCCUACCCGAACCCAGCUGGGUUGUUCAGUUCAAAGGGCAAAGUGAUAACAGUAAUUCGAGUUUAAAGCGGCUAGUGGCGAAUUUUUCCGGAACGUUUAUGUCCCGUAAUAGGCUAUUUUUUGUGUGUCGCGAACAUAUGGGACUGAUGGCAAGGCUCGAAAAGAUGUCUGAGAUGCCGCCCAAAUAUAUCGACAUACGCGUCUACGUCGAUGAGCCUAGUCUAAUUGGCGACCUGCGUGGGCUGGACUCUACCGUUGUGAAUGGUGCUUUGACCCGUUUAAAGAAUAGAGCGUUAACGAAUCGGGUAGUACACGUUUUGCUAGUGUUAUUUUAUGGUUCUGAAGAUGAUGAUACGCUCGCAUAACAGAGCGAUCCUCUUUCCAGAUGCAGACUUUCAAGACUUAUUAGUACCGCGCAGCUAGAUAGUCAGUCUUUGCUAGAAAGGAAUGGUCCAUAUGAGACUUGAACUCAUGACCCUGCGAGGUGCUCCUGCCUAUUUUCCCACAUCUGGUACAGCUUCUUUCAGCCGUCCUUAAGAGGCUUCAGACGCUUGCGCAAAAAUUUGUCCUGCUGGUAUUCGGACGUCAAGCCCUCGCCGAAGUCCAUCAAGACUUCUUGUAGUCUUCCGUAAAGUUGUCGAUCUCCUUAUUUGCUUUCAUUUUAAUUCGGUAGUCCUUUUUCAUAUGGUCUUUGUUUUCACAGCUGUGAUACUUUUCGCUUCCAUUUCUUAUUCGAAUGUCUGCAACGAAUGCAGUAGGCUUCUCUUUGAAAUUUUCCUUUCUAUUCUAGCGUUUACAUUCGUCGCCUAGCAACCGAGUCUUCAUCAACUUAUAAGUUAGUUCAGAUUCGGGUAGGAUUUCCCAUGCAGUCAUCAGGGGGUCGUAGGUUACCGGAAGAAUUAACCUCAAGCCCAAGCAGACUAUGCUGCCGUAUCAGGUCCUCAAGUUGUUGAAGGUUGAAGGUUUAAGACGAGCGAUUUGGUUCCUUGCCAUCUGCUUUUCCGAGGUCUUCUUGGCAAAUGUAUUUUUUGAGAACAUUCCACAUAUCCUUCGUCAUGGCCAUCUUCUUAAUAUGUCCCAAGUACUUACCAAAGAUUAAACUCGCCAGCAUUGACUUGGCCUUGGCGCUGCUCCAUUGCUGCUAACUUGGUCACUUCACUAGCCGCUUCUGAAACAUCCUUCACUACAGCGUCCCACACCUUCGAGGUUUCGGAAAAUAUGGAAUUCCGUUAACCGCCACUUAUUGCUGCUUGCCUGGACCGUAUCUAAAGAGAUCCACGCUUUUUGGUUGCUUUGUUAAGACUGACUAUUACAUUAUGCUAUUACAGCUUACUAAGAUCGGCUGUACUAUUCGCGAUUGCUAGAGGAGUUGCUACUGUAGUAGGAGUUGCCAGCUGUCCAGGUGCAAACAUUACAUUCGCCAAAGUAAAUACAUUGAUACAAUAAAAAUCCCCUAGCACUAAAUUUGGAAAUAAAAACACACACUUAACGGUUAUUAUUAGUAGAAAAGCUUUUAUUUUGCUUAAAAUGUUUCGAAUAAUGUUUCAUACGAUAUUCGAAUAAUGGUUCAUACCUUUAGCAAAUAUCAUAACAUAGCUGUAUUAAAAUCUCAAGUCUCCUGUCUUUUUUACGCCGUUGAACCUUCUUCCUGCGAUGGUUUCAAUACAAUACAACAGUACACUCGCAGAGUAAAGAGGCACCCGAUGUAUAGAGCCGUUUAAAAAAGCGAUACAACAACUAAAUAUACUUUACACGUGAGCAUUAAGGUUUAAAAGCUAUAUACCGCACUGUUAGCUAUCGCUGCCGGUUGCUGUUUUCCCGAAACUGCUGCUGAUACAACAAGGACUUACAUAUGCUGACGAAAGGCUAAACUACACAUAAGGCGCAUCCGUUUCCGUUCAGGCCACAUUCGUUUGCAACAAUCUUAAGCUAAAGCUAAACUGCCGGCAACCAUCAGCUCAUCCGGUUGCAUACACACUUUGUGCAUCGUAAUCUGGUGCCAUUAGAUCCCGUUUCUACUUUGUUAGUACAACUGGCCACUUGCACUACUAAAAUACUGUUUUUUAUGUUGUAAAAUAAAAACCGACCGUUUUACAAUCACAA